UAUUUAACAUUGUGUAGCAAAUAAUCAAAAAAAAUUGAUAAAAUGUAAAUAUAAUUCCAAAUCAAAAGUUGGUUUCAUUUGCUACUCUAGCCGAAUGCUAUGGCCAAAAACAAAAACAAAAAGAAGCCAAGUUUUGAUACAACCAGAGAGGUUAGCUAUUAGCAAACCAAAUUAACAAAAGAUGAUGGCAUCCUUUGUGUAGCAAAUAAUCAAAUUUGACAGAAGCCAGUAAUCAAAUUGACGACAUGUGCAUCAAAUUAAGAACUUAUUUAAGCCCAAAUUUCAAAAUAGAACAAAUAUCACUUCCUCAUUAAUAACAAUAAUUGCCAAGAUCUAAUUUGAUCAACAAGUACGGUUUACUAGACUGUUUUCUGAGUGCUACCGACGUUGUGAUUGAAUCGUAGGUGUUACAUUUUUAGAUUCAGCUCAAAUAGCAUCAAAGUAAUGAUUUAUGUUCAUAGACUCACAACAAAUAGCAUCAAAGGUUGGUGUCAACCUACAUAUAGUAUAAAUUAAUAAAAAUCGGGACUUUCUGAUUAUUAAAACAAGAACGACAUUAGAGUAAAUUUCCAAUUAUGUUGUAAAUUACACGAAAUCAAGAAUCACGGUCAACAGUUGACACUGAUUAAAUAUGACUUUGUUGUAUAUGUUGUACUAUAAUAGGUAAAAAACGAUGAUAGGUUCGGAAUCAGAACUCAUGUAACAUCAACUAUAAAGUUCGAACAAAAUAUAAUAUUCCAAUUUUAGCAAAUCAGAAUCUCAUCCUUAAUUAAAAGGAUUAAAGAAAAGAAAAAAUGUCAUAUAUUAGGUGAAACAGUAAGAGAUGUACAAACAUAAUCAGACAUAAACACUGAUUUCACUGUUACAGCUUUUUUUGUUUUUUGAUAAAAUGUUAAGAUUUAUACCAUAUUUGAUUUUUGAAUGUUGAUUACAACUUAUUUGAGCAGAAGAAAGAAACUAAAACAACAAAUAAACCAAACUCAGUAAAACAACUCAAGGAGGCCGGAUGCUAAAAAGUAGAACUCAAGCAUGGAGGGGUAACUGUCCAGUGAUGGAAAGGAGAGGAGACAAUCCCGGGUAGAGCGGUAUAGAGUACGUUGAACACCUACCGUUGAAGUGUUUGUGUUGGUGAAGACUCGAGCAUUUCUUUCUCGUCAAAUUAAGUAUAUGGCAGACUGGAAUAUGAGCUUGGUGACAACACUGCGUUUCGAGCUCUAAAGAAGAUAGAAUUAUGCAAAUUUAUAGAGAAAAAACUUUACAAGAAAUCUGCAGCUUAACGCAAGAAGUACCAUCAAGCGUGGAUCUAUAGGACGAUUCAAGUGAUGAAGUCAGAUGUGAAUCCUCGUAAAGUAAGUAGAAUUGUCGGCUAUAGAAUUAUCUGUAAUAUUUCUCGUGGUUUAUAAUAACAAUGUUUAUUUUGGAUAGUCUUAUAUUAAUAUUUAAAAAAAAAGUAUUGCAUUUCAUUGGAUGCGUAGGACUUACGAGAUUGGGUUAUAUGGUAACAUACUGUGUUUAAAUUAUGCUUUGUGUAUUAUGGACUCAGAGAAUCUCGAUAUAUGCGAACCUAUUAACUAUUGCGAAGAUUUUUAUAAUCCUGAAGUAUGGAAUAUAGACUAAGGAUAAUAAACCAUUUCCAAUAAGACUCUAUUUUUUUUUAUAUAAUUUACAUUAAAAUAGGAUAAUUCUAUUAUAAUGUAACUUUUGUUUCAAUAGGAUUAUUCUAUAAUAUAAUUAGAGGAAUAUUAUUUUUUCACUCCAAAUAUAGAGUAAAAUAUGAUAUUUUUUUAUAUUUCACUUUAUAAUGGCGUAACUAUAUUAUAGAGUCACACCAUUGGAACAAAAAUUACACUAUAAUUACUCUAUUUAAGUGUAAACCACAGAGAAAAAAAAUAGAAUUUCAUUGGACAUGCCCUAGACAUGCCAUGCCCUCGACAUGCCCUAGACAUGCCAUGCCCUCGACAUGACGACCAUGGUUUCUACAUGAGUAUAUUUGAAACAGUUACGCCACUCUAGAGUCAAAUACUAAUUAAAAAUAGUCCAAUGUGUCGGAACAACCAAAUAUGAAUUCUUACAGCAGAUGGAACCUUCCUGGAAAACAACACUUUAUUAUUAAUCCAUAAAAUAUAAGAAAAAAAAAAUAUAAAGGAUAUACAGUAAAGAACAGUCAACCCCCGAAAUCGUCAAGUCACAUGAAAACGAACGUCGAUUCUGACUCGGUGAAAAUCCAGCCUUAUAUAUAAAUAUAAGCACCACAAUAUGCACCAUCCACAAAUCUCUUACUAAAUAACAUUAACUCUUCAGAGCAAACCAAUCUUGAACUAUUAGAGACUAACUAGGACAAGUUCAAUGGAGGGAACAAACAGAAGGAGCAACAACCAAAUACAAGAUGAUAAGCAAGCUCGUUUCCGAGGCGUGCGGAGGAGGCCAUGGGGAAAAUUUGCUGCAGAGAUUCGAGACCCCUCAAGGAACGGUGCCCGUCUUUGGCUCGGGACAUUUGAGACCGCUGAGGAUGCGGCAAGGGCGUAUGACCGAGCCGCCUACAACCUCAGAGGCCAUCUCGCCAUACUUAACUUCCCUAAUGAGUAUUAUUCGCGUAUGGACGACUAUUCGCUUCGCCCUCCUUAUUCUUCUUCUUCAUCAUCUUCGGGUUCAACUUCUACGGGUGUGAGUCGAAAAAAUCAACGGGAAGUUUUUGAGUUUGAGUAUUUGGACGAUAAGGUUCUUGAAGAACUUCUCGAUACAGAAGAAAGAAAUAAACGGUAGUCUUGUUUUAUAUAUGUGGCGUUCUGGUGGCUAGCUAGCUACGUGCAUUACGUGCAUGUAGUUUGUAUAUUUAGUACUCAUUUUGGAAUUUUGUUAGCAUACCACGGCCAUAAAUUGUAAGAUACGGUGUACUUUGCGUAUCAAUGAAAUAUGAUUGUGAGAUGAUGCGUAUUCAACAUAUUUGGCAAAAAAAAGAUUGUCAGAUGAUUUACGUACGUACCAGUUUCCAUUAGGUCUUCGGAUAUUUCUUUGACGAGAUUUUCAUGAAGUUAUUAUAUGAUAUCAAUAGUAUGCCGGCCUAAUCGUGUCACUUUAUUGAUUUCACAGACAAUUACUACCUCUCUGAGAAACAUACUUUUUUUUUUGCCAAAAUGUGAAUUCAUAUAAAUAUGAGAAUUGAGAGUGUUUGUAAUUUUUACAAAAGGGUAAAAGCUUAGCAGGAUCAGCCUUGGCAAAAAAAUUAAAACAAGGUGAGCCUACACAUGAUUUGGUUAAACUUGCAACCAAUUACUCAAAUCUCAGCCAAGACUGCAUUAAACCGUUGAAACGUUUGUCUGUCCUAUGGCCGAAGAUAACAUCUCUGAUGAAGCGAUUGUCGCUGAAGUAGAGGAUGUACUGGCGUGGAGUCUGUUGUUCCGCUCCCUCCAGAUGCUAUAGAUAACGGCCUGCGAAGCAAGGCGUUUGAGGGUCCGAGAGGACGACGUGUCCCUGACGCUCAUCCAAUCCGAGAAGGCUGUCCAGGUGUGGAAGUGCAGACCGUUGUGCAGUCAGUAGACGUUCCCAGAUUUGCUCACUUACUUCACAUCGCAAGAAGAGGUGGUCCCUGAUUUCGAUGAAAGAAUUACAAAGACAGCAUGUUGAGAAGAGCUAAAAGAAAUUAUAGACAAAAGGAAAGCUGAUCUUUUAUCUUAAUUAUAACCCUUAAUAUUCUAAAUGUUCACUUUUGAAUAUCAUAAAUUGAAUCUAUGAACUUACACAAUUUAGAGUUAAAAGGGUGAAAAUAGAGCAUUUAAAUUUAUCAAAUUUUAGGCGAAACAUUUUGUGAAAAGCAAUUGAUCUCUAUUUAUUUUAAACUUACUCUAGUUCCGGGGAAAACAACGGUGCGUGAGAUUUGUUAAAACAUUUUUUUUUAAGUUUCAUCAAUAAUUUUUUUUACAUUCUGAAAAAAUCCAAGUGAGCAUGAUUUUCUAGGGCUCAGAAAUCAAUCACAAAACAAGAUUAUUCCCGGCGUCGAACUCCCUUCCGCCACACCGGCCAAAGGGAUCAUGAACGAGUAGACCAAAAACCAUCUUUUCGAAACUGCCACCGUUUGGACAGAGAAGCACUUCAUCAGAAAGAACUAUGCAUGGGUAUGGGAGUGAUCGGAGAGAAGAAAGGAGAUCCCAAGAACAUUGAUUAAAACGAACCAUAACAUUGUCAUCUUUUCUAUAACGUACUAUAAGAAAUUAUUUCGUUUAAAUGUGCUUGAAUUGGUUCAACGUAAGCACGGCUGUUUACCCAAAAAAAACGUAAGCAUAGCCAACCAAUUAAUAAAGUUUUUAAGUUUUUCAGAAUAGCGAUAAUUAAUGAGAUAGUAUAACAUAGCAUCGUCCAUGUGCAUGAGAAUCUUGUUGACAUACAAAAUAAGCUCAUCUUCCCUGUGGCUUUCCAAUUCAAACGUCACUAAGGAAGAAAUUCGACUGAAAAAAGUUAAAUAUUCAAAGUUGCAACUUGAUAUGAAAAUUUGUUUUUUUUUUUAAAUGAUAAGUAAAUUUAAUUUAUGAUUUGAAGCCGUAUUAGAUCAGCAUUCUCAUACUAUUUUGAAAAAUUUAGAACAUCCAUUUUCGAAAUAGUAAAAUGAUAUAAGUUCCACUGUCAUGAUAGACAAAAUAGAAAAGCUCAUCGUAAUAAUUGUUGUGAACAAGCCUGAAAUCAUGAAUGGCUCUAUAGUACUCUUGUUCUGCAAGUGAAAACCAGUGUAGCUAAUCCAGUUAGACCGAUGAUAUCGUGGAAUAAAAUUCAUGCAGGCAAUGUCACUUGUCAACCAUCCAUAAUAUAACUGAUUCUAAAACCAAC